AUGAGGCUACGCCGCAUGUGUGAGAUCAAACCUCGUAGCAAACGGUGUCAUGUGGACACUGCUACCCACGAGCAAUGGAAGGCAGGAGGCGAGGGCCGGGAAUGGCUUGAGCUGGCCCUCGCAGAGAGCUUGGAGAGAGUGGGUGCUCAUGGUAAAAAGCAACACAAAAAGCUUCGAGUAGAGUUCUGUGCUCGUGUUGUGCUUGUGCGCGAGCGCAUGCAGCAGAAGGAAAAGGAAAUAUCUGGAUCUUGGAUGACAGAGGAACGCAUGAAAAAGAGUGGUGACUUUAGCCAGGAGAGCAUUCGCAGCAUCAUCCAAUACUGUGAAAAGUUUCCCUCUGCCCUAAUCAGGCCGUGGAAAUAUGACAACACAAUCCGUGAAUACUUUGUCGAGACAGAGACCAAGCAAACAAUCAAAGAGAGUGAAAUGAUCAAGCGCACUGAGACUGCCGAUUUGGGUGAGUCUUUCCUGCACUGGCCAUGCUGUCUUACCCAACCUUGCAGUCUGUGUCAAACAUUCAACACUAGGUUUACGAACGCAACGAUGGUGAUUGUCACAGGAGCAAGCUGUGGAUGGACCACUUGA